GAACUUUACGCAGCACUUACAAUUAUGACGCGUACCUGACAACAGGUUCAAGAACCAGUGACUUUAAGUUCGUGUCCUCUUACAAUGACAACACACUGCCUGCUGACCAGACUCUGAGGAAAAGUCCAUCAGACUUUGCUGAUGCUUUUGGAGAUAGUGAUGGUUCUCCUGAGCCCGUCUGUGGAGACGUGAGCUACUCUAUACCGGAGGAGAUGAAACGUGGAUCUGUAAUUGGAAAUAUCGCUAAGGAUCUGGGGAUAGAUUUGGGCAGACUGUCUGCUCGCAAGGCUCGCAUCGAUACUGAAGAUAACAGCGUGAAGUACUGCGGUGUGAAUCUCAACACCGGAGAUUUGAUCGUACAAGAAAGGAUUGACAGAGAGGGACUUUGUGCGAAAAAGGCUUCGUGUGUUGUAAAACAGGAACUUGUACUGGAAAAUCCUUUAGAACUGCACCGUAUUAGUAUCCGCGUCCAAGAUAUAAACGACAAUUCACCCCAAUUUAAAGAGGAUUCACUUAAACUUGAAAUCCACGAAUCGGCUGACAAAGGUGCGCAUUUCCUCUUGGAUGAGGCACAUGAUGGAGACAUCGGAGAAAAUUCUGUUCAGGGCUACUCACUUCAGCAAAAUGAUAAUUUCAAAUUAAAUGUGAAGACAAAGGGCGGUGGACGAAAAUAUGGGGAAUUAGUCUUAGACAAAGAAUUAGACAGAGAGGACAAAAAGGAGCUUUCGUUAUUGCUUACUGCAUUUGAUGGUGGCUCUCCUCAGAGAUCAG